AUGACGAAGGUCGAAGUCGAUGCUCAGCAAGAGCUAAACGAUGCAUUUGAAGCUGGAGAUUCUGAUGGAUUUUAUCGUGCCAUCAGCCAUGGUGCUCAGCCCAACCUCAGGUCCAAAAGGGAUAAGGACAAUCAAAUGAGCAUCUUUGAGAAAGCCCUAUCAACAUCAGGAUGUGCUAGAUUUCUAAAUGCUUGUCUUGAUGCUGGCUGCGAUCCCAAUUACGUUAAUCCGAAGCUCAAUAAAGCUGCCAUCCACUAUGCAAUAGAUUCAGGGAGUCAGCACAAUGUUUCCGCGCUGCUUAAGCAUCGCAACGCCAAAGUAGAUGUUGAUCACAUGUACGACGGGGAAACAGCAUUGAGGAGGUUAAUCAAAAGUCUAGACGCAAGUAAUGCUCCUCGUCUCAUUAUCGCCAUUCGAUUGCUAUUGAGAAAAGGCGCUUCACCCAAUAUUGCCGAUUCUGAUGACAAAUCUCUCAUGCAACAUGUGCUACUCAACGAAAAUAUCUCAAAAUGGACACGACAGAGUUUGAUCUUAGAGUUUCUAAAGGCACCCCAACUCAGUCAAUUCAAUUAUCACGAAGGACUCUAUUUUCUUUCGAGGCAUUAUUUCAAAGGUAAAGAUGACCAGCUCUAUUAUCUCCUAGUGCGUCCGCUACUCAGUCUGCCUGUUUCUGAAAUGCUCAAAACCAUGGUGCAAUACCAAAAGAACACUGUAAACUGGGAUAAUAAGAAAAUGUUACGAGUUUUGCUUAUGGAGCACAUAACAAAGCAUACUGAGAAUGCACUCGAAGCAGUGCUUGCCACCCUGAAAUAUAACUCGCUCCUGGAAUAUGAGUAUGUUGUGGAGUUGGCUGUCGAAGCUGGUAGCUGGUCAACUGUUCUUCAAUUGCUUAAGAGCGAAUUUUGUAAGACGGAGACCAAGAGCACGCUUCUAAAAACUAUGAUUAUGCAGGUGCAAUUGAAACCGCUGAUCAAUUGCCGGCAGGGCAACGAAUACCAGGAAUGUUUGUUGCAAUUGCUUAAGGAUCAGCGGCAGUGUAUCAAUGACGUCGAUGAUCAGCACAAAACGCCUCUGCAUUAUGCGGUGCUCUGUCGCAAUGAGAUUGCCAUAAGAGUGCUCUUGAGGGAGGGAGCCAGAUUGGGAGUGCGUAAUGCCAAGAAUCGCUGGUUGAUCGAGGAUAUCGAUGCCAAGCUUCUGGAGGAGCAUUUCGAUUACUGCAUCAUUGGGCGAGGCGAGAAGUCCAGCCACGAGGCUUACGAGAUCAUUAUGACCUGUCUAAAUAUGACCAACGAGCACAACGAACUCGAUAUUGCUCCCAUUGCCUGCAUGGCCCGGUCGAAGGAGCUGUGUCCACUGCUGGAGCAUCCGUUGAUCACCUGCUUUCUGCAGCUGAAGUGGGGUCGACUCACCACCAUCUUCUUAACACACUUUAUCAUCAAUAUCCUCUUAAAUUUGAUGUUGUGGAUCCAUAUUUGGUUGCGUUUCCCUGAACGUCAUAACAACGAGCUUCCUAUAAGGAUUGUUAAGAGUCUGUUCCUAGUGCUGAUUAUCUAUGUUCUUAUUGUGGAAGUCAUUUCUUUUCUGAUAGUCAAGCACUGGUGGCGCAGUUCAAUCGAUUUUAUUCUGAUUUCUAUGCUCAUCCUCACAAACAUCGAGUGUGGAGAUGACAUCCAAAGGAUUAUUGCCGUCUUCGCCAUCAUGCUGAUGGGCAUCAAGCUGAUGGAUAUUAUUAGUGCCCUACCUGUGCGUGCCAUAUCGACGCACAUGCUCAUGCUGCGCCAGGUGGCAAGUACUUUCGCAAAGAGCUUGUUACAGUAUUCCAUGCUGUUGUUCAGCUUCACAUUGUGCUUCUAUGUCCUGUUUUCCAAACCGAGCUCUAUGAAUUCAGCGAAUUUUACGGAUUCAGCGAACUUAACCGCUUCAACGAACUCAACAGUUAAAGAGUUCCGUCUCUCCUAUGCGAAACUCGAUUUAUCGUUUAUGAAGACAAUUGUUAUGUUCAAUGGUGAAUAUGAUAAUAUUGACGCUAAUGGAUAUUUCAGUAGUUUUGUGGUGAUCAUAUUCAUGUUUAUGGUCAUGGUCCUGACCAAUUUACUGGGCGGCCUGGCUGUCGGCGAUACGCAGACUAUUCGGGCUCAAGUGGAACUCAAUGCUGCUAUAUGUCGAACAAAUGUGUUGUAUAGGUUUACAGGACUCUUGGACGGGAAUUCGCAUCGAUUAAAACGUGGGCUUCGCAUCUUUAAGAAACUGAUGCGAAUCCAUGCAGAAUCUACCUGUGACUAUGUAUCCAUAUUUCCAAACCAAGAGAAUCGGGUGGAGGUCUACAUGGCGAAUGAUAGAGAAAAUGUUCUCUCAGGUCAAGUAUUUACCGGUCAUGAAGAUGGUGCAAGCGGUUCCGAAACUGAAAUGGAUGAGCCGGCGGAUUUGAACCUCCAUUUCAAUACAGCAGUGGAUGCCAAUGAAGGAACUUCCUCCCAGUCUUGUGGAUUCAAUAAACGCCACCCUUAUGCUAAUAUAACAAUUGAAAAUCAGACUGUUGCCCGAGCUCUUAAAAUUAUUAAAGAAAAAGAAAUGAAAGAUAUCAAUGAGCAACGACAGGAGGAUAUCAGGAUGCUGUUGAUGGAGAUAAAAAACCAGACAAAGAAUUCAAUGAGUACAUCAUUAAUUAACAACAAUUUAUAAA